ACUUUGACCGGCCAUUGACUUUUGCUGUCCAGGUUCUCCUUACCCAGUUUUUCGCGUAGAUUUCAUUUUUGCAGUCUGUUUUUGCAUAUUGUGUCUCUAAAUGGAUAAAAAGGAUGUUUUUCUUCCUCGCCCCAUCAAUACUGUAUUGGAGGGGAACAAGAAUUACUUAUCUUGGUCUCAAGCUAUGCGCAGUUUUCUUAAGGGUCGCAUGCUCUGGCAUUACUGUAUUGGUGCAGUCGCCAUUCCUGUCAAAGGAGCAAGUGAAGAAGAUGUUGCCUUCCUUGGUCGCAUGAUUGAAUGGGAUAGUCACAACCACAUGAUCCUCACAUGGAUUCAGAACACUUCCAUUCCCUCGAUCUCCAAUCUGUUGGGCAGCUUUGAUGAUGCAAAAUCAACAUGGGAUAUGUUGGCCAAAAGGUACUCCACUACUCACGGCUCCAUGAAAUAUCAGUUAGUGGUUGAAUUACAUCAACUCAGGCAAGAACCAGGGCAAUCCAUCAAUGACUACUAUGAUCAGCUUUGCUUCAUUUGGGACAAAAUUGACCUUUCUGAUCCAACUUGGGCAUGCUCAAAGGAUGCUCAGCAACAUGCUUCCAUCAGAGAUGAAUUUCGCCUUUAUGAAUUCUUGAUGUCCCUUCACAAGGACUUUGAGCCCAUUCGAGGUCAACUUCUAAAUCGCAGUCCUGCUCUCUCUCUUGAUACUGCUGUGAACGAGUUAGUUAGAGAAGAAGCUCGUCUUGCAACCCUUCAAGCUCAGAAUAAGCUCAAUGUUUUGGCUCUUACUCCUUCUGCUUCGCCCAUAGAGCAACCUCAGCACUCAGGUGACUCCUCUGGCUCUAGCAAUCGUCGCAAGCAAACCAACAAAAAGUUCUGCAACUAUUGCAAGCGUCCUGGCCACACCAUUGAGACUUGUUACCGUCGCAACAAAUCUACUGUUGCUGUUGCUAAUGCUGAGUCUACUCCACCGAUGGCUUCCAUUUCCGCUGAGUCCCAGUCUUCUGGAUCCACUAUCAACCUCUCUUCCACUGAAAUACAGGAGAUCAUAGCUCAGGCUGUUCGUAUGGCUGGAUCCGAGGACGGGACAAGAGCUUGGGACCGGCCCUAGAGUUGGGCGUAUGUUUCCCGUGGACAAUCUUCAUCUUCCACCUGUUGCUCCUGUUUCUGUUGCUGCUGCAGCUGCAGCUGCUGUAGUUUCUUCCUUACCGUCUCUCGCACUUUGGCAUUCUCAUCUUGGUCAUGCAUCAUCUUCUCGGGUACAACAAUUAGCUUCUAAGGGUCUGUUGGGUUCCGUGUCCAAAGACAAUUUUAAUUGUACUUCAUGUCAGUUAGGAAAACAGCCAGCUUUACCUUUCAAUAAUAGUGAAUCCAUUUCUAAUAGUA